CUUUUUUGUCCUCAUACUACUUCGUUGUUCGCUGCGGUUGUUUCUUGUGCUUCCACGUCUUUGAACGUCGAUCAUACAGCACUGCUCUCACAAACACCCACGAUCAUGCCAUCCCUCCGCCAUCAUCUCUCAGCCAUCUCGGCCACAGUCCCCUUCUUCGACACCUGACCAUGACCACGCAGGCCAACUUUCCAUAGGCUCUGGCACCCUUGACUCGCAGCUUCCUCGACCGUCGAGUUCACCCUGACCUCCUACGAAGACAUUGUCUUGGUCCCUUCCCCUUUGGAGGAAUCUUGUUACCCCGGCAAGAUGGCCUUUCAAAUCCCUCAAUGGGCUUUAGAUGUAUGGGGAUUUUGCAAGAGAAACAUCAUUCCGGAUGUCUUUAUCAAGAGGAGGCUCAAUUUUAUUACAGUGCAUUACCUAUACCUGAUAGGGAUGUCACUUUUGUUAUCGGUUCUUAUAUAUGUGCAAGGAGAGAUGUCCUACAUCAACGCUCUAUUCUUUGCAUCCGGCUCCUGCACACAAAGUGGCCUCAACACCAUCGACGUGGAUUUGGUCCAUACAGGGCAACAGUUCCUUUUCUAUUUUGGAGCCAUGGUUUGCAAUCCAAUUGUCAUACACUCGGCGGUUGUUUUUGCACGCUUGUAUUGGUUUGAGAAGAGAUUCAAAGAUGUAGUGCAUGCUUCCAAAAUGUUGCGACGCACGAAAUCUCGAUCAAGAACGAACACUUUUAUCAAGGAGGAUCCUGAAGUAGCCAAGGACCCUGUGGGUGUGAGAGGGCGGGCUAUCAAAAUCCUACGACAUACUGCACACCCUGAAUCACCUGCGCUGGAGAAAGUUGCAGGAGAAGACGAGGCCAACGGGAAAGUUCUCGAGCCCUCGAAAACCUCUCCUUGUACUAGCGACGACGUUGGACGAUCGUCAUCCCAAGACAACGAACUGCGCCUCCGGCAGAGCCGGUCCACAGAUGAUGUUCGACUGCCACAACAGUUGAGUCCGGAACAGCACAUCCGGUUCCUGGAGAAUCAGCGCAAUCCAUCUGACACCACCGCUUUGCGAAUCCCCAGUCCCCGAGAAUUCGAGCUCGGCAGGAAACCUGAGAAUGUCAACGAUGGCAUUGACAACAGGUUACGUCGUCAGGUCACAAGUGACAAUGACCUCCCACGAGCCAACAAGAUCACCCAGAAGCGGAGUACGGAACUUGCGCAGGGUGCCGAGGGUGCCGGACCUACCCACAUCACUAUCAAUGAGCCUAAUUUCAUUCGCGAGCGUACUGACCGAGUUACGACCUUCCCACGCCUCAACACGAGACAGUCCACGCAGCCGCGAGAUGCAUACGAUCCUGCCACCGGACCUGGGUCCAACCUUAGGAGAGGAAGGUCGAUGACAUUCCGGUCGCUUCAGCGCAGCAACACUGCUCGCACCAUGGAGCCAGCACCCUACCUGACCUGGGAGCCGACCAUCGGACGCAACUCGUUUUUCGUCAACCUGACUGAGGAACAGAGGGAAGAGCUCGGCGGUAUCGAAUAUCGUGCCCUCAAGACACUCGCCUUGAUCCUGGUGGUAUAUUUCUUCUCCUUCCACAUACUCGGCGUCAUUUGUUUGAUUCCGUGGAUCCUGCAUACACAACCGUACGGCCAUGUAGUCACCUCACAGGGCCAAGGCCGUGUCUGGUGGGGAAUCUUUACUGCCGGGUCUGCAUUCAAUGAUCUGGGCUUCACCCUCACCAACAAUUCCAUGAUAUCGUUUGGCAAGGCUAUUUUCCCGCUGCUUUUGAUGACAUUUCUCAUCGUCAUCGGCAACACCGGCUUCCCAUGCAUGUUGCGGUUCGUCAUUUGGGUUGUGUCCAAGUGUGUGCCAGUUGGUUGUGCUUUGUGGGAGGAACUGCGAUUUCUUCUGGACCAUCCCCGUCGGUGCUUCACACUGUUAUUCCCGCGAAACGCAACAUGGUGGCUUUUUGCGAUCUUGAUCAUCCUCAAUGGUCUUGAUCUGAUCUUCUUCAUAAUUCUGGAUCUAAACGAUCCCAUCAUUGAGCAGAUCCCGCCUGGAAUCCGCUUUGUCGAUGGUCUCUUUCAAGCUUCUGCGACCAGGACAGCAGGCUUUUCCGUCGUCAACCUGGCGGAACUUCACCCGGCGAUUCAGGUUAGUUAUCUUAUUAUGAUGUACAUUUCAGUUUUCCCAAUCGCCAUUUCGAUGCGUCGAACGAACGUUUACGAGGAGAAGAGCUUGGGAAUUUAUGGUUCUGGUGACGAGGACGAAGAUGGCAAAGAGCCCAGUUAUGUUGGAGCCCACUUGCGAAAGCAGCUUUCGUUCGACCUGUGGUAUAUCUUUUUGGGUAUGUUCAUCAUCGCCAUUGUGGAGGGAGGCCGGUUACAGAACAGCAACGAAUAUGCGUUUACCUUAUUUUCGGUCUUGUUUGAAAUUGUCUCAGCAUACGGAACAGUUGGCUUGUCUCUGGGUUACCCUACCAGUAAUGCUUCUUUCUCAUCUCAAUUCCACACACUGUCAAAGUUGGUCAUUAUUGCCAUGCAAAUUCGAGGACGACACCGUGGUCUACCCUACGAAUUGGACCGUGCCAUUCUGCUGCCCUCUGAAAGCCUCCAGGAGAAAGAGGCCAAAGAAUCCGAGCGGGUACUGCGACGAAGAAGAUCGUCUAUUGGAGCUCUGUCUACGAUGUCGGCCGUGGAUGGCAAUAUGGAAGGGCGUCAGUUCCGCCCUGAAACCGGACUCACCUCUGGUUAUUAUUCAGCCGACCGUGAUGGAGCUGAUCCACGACCACGAGGUAACACCAAUACCACAGCUGGCAGUGGUGCUGAUGGACAUGUGCCCAGUGCUCGACGUGGGUUGGGGAUAGGCAUGUUCAAGCUUGCGAACGAGGUGGACGCAAUCCGGGAGGAGAACCCGUUACAUCACCAGGACUAAAUCAACACUGACGAUGGCAUCUCUUUUUUUUCUUCACGCAAACUUUGGUAUCAUUGAGAUGCCUGCAUAAAUUUUAGCGAAGGCGCAGGCGGAGCAUUGCAAAUAUUUCCAUGGUCAAAGGUAUGUAACGAGCCGAAAUGAUCCAUGUAUGAAGCAUCAUAGAAACGUUUGCUGUUCAAUGCGCGGCAUCGAUGAGUUUAGACACACAGGGAAUGAAUCCUCUGUACAACCAACAAAUCGAGUCUUUGUAUUCCGUCCUCCGUAC